CACGGACAGAUUUCAGAGUAGCACCACACGGUUCUCCUAUCAUUAAGAGGCAGGAUGGUUCUCUGUGCAGUGAGACGACACCUCCUGAGGAGCAGAAGCUGUGGAUCCUGGGUCAGACUGUUGCAGAGACAAAGCAGCGGUGGCGUUUACUCCAGCAUCCAUGGCUUCAACCCGGAGGAGAUCAGAGAGAAGCUGCAGGCUUUUCCAGGAGGAUCCAUUGAUCUGCACAAACAGGAGUCUGGGAUCGCUGUGAUGACCAUUAACAACCCCUCACGAAUGAACGCUUUCUCUGGCAGCAUGAUGGUGGACCUGGAGGAGAGGGUGACUCAGCUGGAGAACUGGACGGAUGGUAAAGGCAUUAUUGUCCUCGGGGCUGCCGGGACCUUCUGUUCUGGGUCAGACCUGAACGCUGUCCGGGCCAUAUCUAACCCACAGGAUGGGAUGAAGAUGUGUAUGUUCAUGCAGAACGCUCUUACAAGACUGCUCAGGUUACCUCUGAUCUCAGUCGCUGUGGUGGAAGGGAGGGCGCUGGGUGGAGGUGCAGAACUUACCACUGCCUGUGAUUUCAGAUUAAUGGUGACAGGCAGCGUCAUCCAGUAUGUUCAUAAACACAUGGGUCUGGUCCCAGGCUGGGGUGGUGCCGCAAGACUUGUGCGCAUUGUCGGAAACCAGAAUGCACUAAAGCUUCUUGGCGGCGCUCUUAAAGUGGACCCAGAACUAGGCUCGCAGAUCGGACUGGUAGAUGGAGUCCUAGAGGUCCCUCAGGUAGGGGAGGGGACAGAGACGGUCCUACAGCAGGCGGAGAACUGGCUGAGCCGCUACACCAAGGGCCCUGCAGCGGUGAUCCAGGCUGUUAAAAAGGUAGUGUUGUCAGGGAGAGAGCUUCCUCUGUCUGACGCUCUGAGGACUGAGAAGGACGUGUUUGGGACUGUGUGGGGUGGACCGGCCAACCUGCAGGCCCUGGAAGGCAAACCGAAACACAAAUGAGGUAGAAGCACUUUUCCGACUGUAUUUUUACGUGUUUGUGCGUCUCACUUGACAGAUGGACAUUUACAUGACAUUUCUGAAUCCGCCUACUUCUGGUUAAAGGCUGCUACAUGUUGGACAAAUCUGCCCUUCCUUCAAAGACCUGGAAGUUUCAGAAAUGCAGAGUGUGUUGAGACUGUGUGAGAGUGAUUUUAAGUUUUCUUGUUGUUUACAUGUAUUCCUUUGACAUAAAUAUAUCUGUAAAAAAAAGUCUAAUGUCGUGACAACUUGGAGGACCUGAAGGAAUUAAAUAAAUGAUAUUAAAGGGGUCAUAUUUUGCUAAAUCCA